AUGUCCCAGUUCACAGGCCAGCUGACGGCCAGCGACCCCCUGCAGACCCUCUUCCACCUGCUGACUGGGAGGGUCCCGGCCGCUACCCUGUGCUGUGGAAAUGAGAAAUGGGGGGACUGGAGGCCCCACCUGGCUGUCCUGCUGUCCAAUGAGACGGGAGAUCCUGCUGUCCAGCAGAAGGCCAUCGUCACUAUGGGAGACACCCUCACCUCCAACGGCCUGACACAUGCGGCUCAUGUGUGCUACCUGACUGCCGGGGUCUCCUUCGGGGCCUUCCCUCAGAAGGCAGAGAGGCUGGUGUUGCUAGGCAGCAGCCACAGGCAGUCCUUUGAACACUUUGCCACCGACCUGGCCAUCCAGUGCACUGAACUGUACGAGUACUGCCAGACCCUGGGGGGCAAAGGCCUCUCAAUACCAUCCUUUCAGGUGUAUAAGUUCCUGUAUGCGGCCCGCCUGCUGGACUGCGGGCUCUCCUCUCAGGCCUUCCAUUACUGUGAGGUGGUGGGCCGGGCCUUGCUCAGGCAGCGGGGGUCUUACUCUGUGCUGACUGGGGAAGUUAUUAAGCUGUCCGACAGGCUGAGGCACUCUGAGGGACACUUCAACGACACAGGGGUCAGCAGGGCGGGGCAGGAACCUGAUUGGCUCCAAAUGCUCCGUGCUCGCCACAACAGUUUACAG